UGAGAAGCUUCUGAAUUCCGAACACUGCACCAAAGCACCAACAUCAUGCCUCGCGUGUCACGGAAAAAACAAGUCCUCCGAGCGCUCGACGCGUCUAUCCGCAGAACCCGGAUUUUCAACUCAAUCUUCAACGACAGCGAAGAUACAGCCGACGAUUUCGCCGAAGAUCUAGCCGCCAUCCGUGACAGAAUACAGCAGAAGCGGUAUUGGGCACCACGGAACAACCUGCAGAUCCCGCCGGCGAACGCUGUGCAUCGGUGGUUUGAUGCGCUCUACGGGAGCGACGACAGUGCGAAAUUCCGAAUGAUGUUUCGUAUGAUGCCGGAGCAGUUUAGAGGCCUGUGUGGUCUCGUGGAAAAUCAUGAGGUGUUCAAGAACGGGUUGCAGCAUCCACAGCUGCACCCGCGGUACCAGCUGGCGAUCUUUCUGUACUACCUGGGCCGCCCCGGAGGUGCAAGUUACGAGGAUUCCAGUGCCGCACUGGGUGUGGGAGAGGGCACGAUCUCGCUCUAUAGCAACCGUGUGCUCGAGGCGCUGCGGUCGUUGACGGCGACGUUCAUCAAAUGGCCGAAUGAAGAGGAACGGAAGGCUACCAGCAGCCGGAUCGGCGAGAAAUCUCUCGGGAUCUUUGAGCAUGCUGUCGGCUUCAUCGACAGUACCCACAUCGUCUUGAAAUAUCCGCCGCAGCAUGGGGCCUAUGAUUAUUUCAACCACACGAAGCACACCAAGUAUGCGUUGCAUGCGACCGUUAUCUGCGACGAUACCCGGCGGAUCAUCUGGCUGCGGACCGGAGACACCGGCGACACCACCAGUGCUGCUGUCCAUGACGACGCUGCCGCACGUGUCUUCUCGCACACGGCGAUAUGCGCCGAGCCAGCGCGGUUUUUCAGACGCGGAAUACCUCAUCGGCGACGUUGGCCAUGUGGCAACGUCGCACAUGAUACCGCCGUUCCCUCCACCCCGAGCGAACCUUCCAGACGAGACGCAGUUCAACACCAGCUUGAGUUUACAACGGGCCGUGUCGAUACAACACACGUUCGCGCAGUUGAAAGCGCGGUUUCCGUUUCUCACCUCCGUCAGCAUCCGCGUUCAGGACGACGAAAACAACCGGAAGGUCGCGCUGUGGUUCCUCGUUGCUUGCAUAGUACAUAACUACCUGCGAGAUACGCAGGAGGAGGAGUGGACUCUUGAUGAAGAUGUAAGGAGAGCGAGCGAGCAAGAGGCGGGGAUUCGGGCGGAUAGAUAGAGAACGGCGAGUGAGGGAACGCGGCGACCCCGACCGCGACCGAGAAGGUACAUUCCACCCUGCUGAUGCACUGCACAGCGGGAAUGAUGCGA